UCUCAGUCAGGGCAAGCAGCCUCGCCAAAUCAGUGCUCUGUGAAAAUGGAAAAGGAUCUUAAUUAAACCCUUAAUGCAAAAGUUUACAGAAAUACCAUAGAAUGCUCUGUCUGUACCUGGAGCCUUCAUAGCCAUGCCAUGGGUAUCUUCUCUAUACUUGCUCUACCGCUGCUUCUCUUAGGGAUCAGUGGAAUUAUUUAUAUUUACCAGUCAGUCAGGUGGCUGCUGUCCAAGUCAGCGGUGCAGAACAAGGUGGUGGUGAUCACAGAUGCCAUCUCUGGACUAGGCAAGGAAUGCUCUCGUGUGUUUCACGCAGGAGGAGCAAGGCUUGUGUUGUGUGGCAGGACAUGGGAAAAGUUAGAAGCCCUUUAUGAUGCCUUAAUUAGUGUGACAGACCCCAGCACGACCUAUGCACCAAAGCUGAUACUUCUGGACAUCACAGACAUAAGCUGCAUUCGAGAUGUAGCUAAGGAAAUCCUGAACUGCUAUGGCUGUGUGGAUAUACUGAUCAACAAUGCAAGUAUGAAGGUGAAAGGAGCAGUGCAGAGCAUUUCACUGGAACUUGAUAAAAAGAUAAUGGAUGCCAACUAUUUUGGACCUAUAACGUUAACCAAAGCCAUUCUUCCUAACAUGAUCUCAAGAAGAACUGGCCAAAUUGUUCUAAUUAAUAGCAUCCAAGGGAAAAUAGGAAUUCCAUUUCGUGCAGCUUAUGCUGCUUCCAAGCAUGCUGCUGUAGGCUUUUUUGAUUGUCUUAGAGCUGAAAUGGAAGAAUUUGAUAUUUCUGUCAGCACUGUGAGUCCAACCUUCAUCUGUUCCUACCAUCGCCCACCAGCACCAGGCAACUGGGAGGCAUCCAUUUGGAAAUUCUUUUUCAGGAAGGUGUCCUACGGUGUGCACCCUGUGGAGGUGGCAGAGGAAGUCCUUGCCACAGUGAGCAGGAGGAAGCAGGAGGUGCUCAUGGCCAACCCCAUCCCCAGAGCAGCAGUUUACAUUCGGACAUUCUUCCCCGAGCUGUUUUUUGCCAUUGUUGCCUCAGGGAUUAGGGAAAAGCUGAAGACAGAAGAGGAAAAUUGAUUUUGUUCAGUUAUUUUCCUUGCUUUUGAGCUGAAAAAAAAAAAAAAGGUUUCUGUUUUGAAUGUUGGUGACUUGUGCUGCUUGCUGUGGGUGGAACAAUGCCACUAUCACACACACAUACAGGUGAAUAUCUGUAAAGCUUCUGCUCCUCUGGUUUUAGGGAGUGUGACAAUUGGAACCAAACUGCUCUUGCUGCUGCAACUCCCUCUGCUCAUAUAACUUCCAGCACCAGCUCACUUACAUGCCUCAUUCAUUGGUAGAAUACCAAACAUGAAAGGAAUUCUGAGGGCAAAGGAACAUAUGUCAUCUUGCAGGGACGUGCACCUUCUGCUGUGUCUCUAAUUGAAUUGCUCUGGCUCCAAGGAACCUGGCUCAGGGAGGUAAUUCACCUCUGGGAUGAAGGGGUCAGUCCCUGCAGCACCUCCUGAAGCUAUUUGCUGUUGUAGCACUGAUUUUGUUGUAGUGUGAGUGACUGUGCCUUACCUGGGAAGUCAAACAAUCACUUGUUCAAGAUUUUCUUGGUCCUCAGAAGAACUCUCCUGUUUCAAACCAAGGGGCACUUGCUGUGAUCUCAGUUAAAUUUGUGUCUUUACCUCAGCAACAGCCAAGUCCUCCACAUUUCCAUAAGAGCAAGAUGCAGAAUAAGCAGAAUUUCAUCAGUAAAGGAUCAGGCACCACAGGACAUCCCAGCUAAACAUGAAUCAACAUUGUCUGUGGCU